AUAAAGCCCUAAAAUGCUAUAAAGCCCUAAGAAACUAUACCAAAUUGAACAGGAAAACCGGCUGAUUUGCUUUCCUCUUCAAUGGCGUCGUUCUCUGUGCUAAAGGAGCUGGAUGACCUGAACAGCCUGGAGAAGCAGGUAAAUGAGGCUCUGCUAAAAGCUUCACAAGGAAACCUAAUUUCCAGGCCCAUAUCUUUGGCUUCUCUUCCUCUUCCUCAAACGCCUUUAGCCGAAAAGGCCACAGCCUAUGCCAAAUCCUCCCUAAAUUUAGAGGUUUUCCAGCACAGCAUGCGCUCCUACUAUUUUGGCACAGCUAUUGCUUCCCAGCAUUUCCCCCAUUUUGACUGGGAUCCCCACACGGCUUACCUGGCAGCUAUGUUGCAUGACGUGGGGCUAACGUCUGAGGCUUUCGCGCUGACUCGGAUGUCGUUCGAGUUCCACGGUGGCAUCUUGGCCCGGGAGUUUCUGUUGAAGGAGGGCGCGUCGCCACGAGUGAGUGACACGGUGGCAGAGGCCAUCUUCAGGCAUAGAGAUCAGAUACACUUGGACGGAGGUGCCACGUGUGGGCAUUCGCCUGAGGGUGUUUUGCUUAUCUUAGGGACCCAUUUGGAUGUCUACGGGGCAUUUGCGCCUCUCAUACACGUGGACACUAUUGAUGACGUGGUCGCUAGGUUUCCUAGAGCUGCAUUUGGUAAUGUAUUUGCUGAUUUACUGGAGGAAGAGGUGAAGGUGAAGGGCUUUUGUGCUACCGCUAAGGUAGUGCAAAGUGGUGGUCUAGAUAAAAUUAGAAAUAAUAGUGUGUUCGCAAAAUAUGAUUGUUAGUUGUGGAUCGUGGUCUUCAUAGUGGUUGAGAUAAAAAGUAUUAGGUUAAAAGAUUUGAUUUGAAAUUCUUAUAUUUGUAUUGUGGGUUUUUGUCUUCUUAAAUAAGAAAGAUUUUGUGUUUAUUAA